AUGAUCCUCGCAAUCCAGCUGCUGGUUCUGCUCCUCUCGCAUGCUGUGCAAGCAACGCAGCAGCAGCAGCAGCAUGUCUUCUCCUCCAAUUCACGACCUCCGGAAGUCUGCCUCAACUUAACGCCAUCUCCAACUCUGGAAAAGUUCGUCGAUCGCCUGCCGAGACUGCCCACCAUAUCCUUGGUCCGGUAUCCCCGCCUCACUAUGGGAGCUUACAAGAUCUACCAGAGCACGGCAUCCUAUCCCGGCCCAACGCUCGUAGCUCGCCAAGGCGUCACCGCGACUGUCCGCUGGGAGAACCACAUCCGCGACUACGAACACAUGCUUCCAGUGGACAAAACGCUGCAGUGGGUCAAUCCCCGCCACGGCUUCGUCCCGGUCGUCGUCCACAACCACGGCCAAGAGACCGAAGGAUGGUCGGACGGUCACCCCGAGGCCUGGUUCACCGUCACCGGCGAGCACGGUGACACCUACGUGACGCAAGACUACGUCUACCCGAACGACCAGCGUCCAACCAUGCUGUGGUACCACGAUCACACCUUGGGCAUCACCAGGCUCAACGUCGCCGCUGGUCUGGCCGGAGCUUACGUGAUCGAGCCUUCAUCAGAGAUGGCGGAGCCGUCGUGGGUGCCGAGAGACUACCACGUCCUAGUCGUCCAGGACAAGGCCUUCUACGACGAUGGCUCCAUCAAGUAUCCCACCGUGGGCUUGGACCCGGACGUCCAUCCGCAGUGGUGCGUCGAGUACCUCGGAGACGUUGUCCUCGUCAAUGGUGUCGUCUGGCCGUUCAUGGAGGUUGAGCCAGCCAUCUAUCGCUUCCGGCUCGUGAACGCUGCGAACGCGCGGACCUUUGUCUUGGAGACGCGGGGCCAGCGCAUGAGCUUCAUCAAGAUUGGAACCGAUGGUGCAAUGCUGCACCAGCCGGUCCAGCAGCAGCAAAUGCGAGUCGGCCCCGCGGAGCGAGUGGACUGGCUCUUCGACUUUAGCAGCUUCGAGCCAAGCGACGAGAUCGAGCUCUGGAACGUCGGUCAGGCACCGUUUCCAAUCGGACCCCCGGCCAACCAGUCCGUCAUGCUCUUCCGCGUCGUCUCACGAGCCCCGGACCGGGGCUCCUCCGGCUCUCAUCUCAUCCCAACACCGCUGGAUCCGUCGCGCUUCCGCUACAUGGCGCCGGUGGAUCUCAUCGGAGCCACCACCGGCGUCAACCUCUCCUUCGUGCCGUGGGCCGCCAUCUACAGCCGGGGCCUGGAGCAGCGCAUGACCGAUCUGGCCUUGUCCCAGGACGACCACCUCCUCUUCGACGAUCCGGUCCGCGAGAUCAUCCGGCUGUACUCCACCGAGGUCUGGUCCUUCAUCAACUUCGUCCCGGUGGCUCACUUCAUGCAUCUCCACCUCGUCAACUUCUUUGUCCUGGAGCAGCAGCCAUUUGAUCCCGACCGUGUGGCGAACGGGUCCUGUACCUUCGGCUCGCCGUUCGGACGUCCGGAGAGCUGCUACACGGCCUACCCAACGGGGCCGGACGAGGACCAAGUGGGAUUCAAGGACACCACCGUGUCGCUGCCGUUUUACGUCACCCAGAUCUUUGUCAGGUUUGCUCCCAACCUUUUGCCGCGGUACCGGAUCGAUCCCACUGCUUAUCCCGGCUACACUCACCACUGCCACCUUCUGGAGCACGAAGACAACGAGAUGAUGCGACCGAUGCUCAUGUCCCGCACCACUACACUCUAUCCGAACGAGUCGUUCCCUCUGGACCAAGACAUCUUCUUCCUCACCAUCACCAACUGGACUGUCUUCUACUAA